AUGCAAACGCACUGCGGGCGUAAUUUAUGGCAAAAGGGGAAGAAACUGGAUGUUUGGCGUAUCGGGCUCGGAUGCAUCGCUUUUUUGCAGAGCUGGAGCCUUCUCUAUCCGUCACUGAGCAAAACCUGGCAGACCGAGUUCGGUACAUCCUGCGCUCCAACAUAUUUGGUGACGCCGAACUCGAACGACUACGACGUGAGGCUAUUCCUUGAUCGAAUGGAAAUGCUACGGUGCGCCGCAUAUGUGGAUGCUGCCGUCAAAAUUCCAUUUGUGGCUAAUUCAGACGAUGAUGGAAUAGUCUCCCACGAACUAGAGAAAAUAAGGAGCAUAUUGGAAGAGUCGAUGCUGGAAACGCGCAGCAUGCCUCUCGAAAAUCGACCGAAACUUCCCCGCAUAUCCCUUAGCAAGCGAAAUCGGGCUGUCGCGCUUAACCAGCCGGUGACUGCUUUGCGAGACGGACUCAAUUCUUUUUGGCGCCGCACUGGCAGUAUGCCGUAUUAUUGGCGCCAAACUUCCCGUGGCUGGACAUGCUACUCAAAAAAGUAA